GAACUAGAGACUUUCAUACUAAGUGAGGUAUUUGAAACCACAGAAUUACCAUAUUAUGGAGGAACAAGGUUUAAAUAGUGCCUCAGACCCAUCUGAGACCUGCCACUGAUAGGUCUGAUAACCCAUCUCAGACCUGCCACUGCCUGGACUACUUGUCUUCCUUUUAGGAAACAAGGAUUAAGUAAACAUGAAGUUCUUCAUCUUUACCUGCCUUUUGGCCAUUGCUUUUGCAAAGCAUGAGAUGGAGCAUGUCUCCUCCAGUGAGGAAUCUAUCAACAUCUCCCAGGAAAAAUAUAAGCAGGAAAAAAAUGUGAUGAAUCAUCCCAGCAAGGAGGACAUUUGCGCUAUUUCCUGUGAGGAAGCCGUAAGGAACAUAAAAGAAUUGGGAUAUGCCAGCAGCUCAUCUAGUGAGGAAUCUGUGGACAUUCCCGCAGAGAACGUUAAGGUCACUGUAGAAGAUAAGCACUACCUAAAACAACUGGAGAAAAUCAGUCAGUUUUAUCAGAAGUUCCCCCAAUAUCUCCAGGCUCUUUAUCAAGCUCAGAUUGUUAUGAACCCAUGGGAUCAGACGAAGACAAGUGCCUACCCCUUCAUUCCCACUGUGAUACAGAGCGGAGAAGAGCUCUCCACCAGUGAGGAACCUGUCAGCUCCUCUCAGGAAGAAAAUACAAAGACUGUUGAUAUGGAAUCAAUGGAAGAAUUCACUAAGAAAACUGAGUUGACUGAAGAAGAAAAGAAUCGCAUAAAAUUUCUGAACAAAAUCAAGCAAUAUUAUCAGAAAUUCACCUGGCCCCAGUACAUCAAGACUGUUCAUCAAAAGCAGAAAGCCAUGAAGCCAUGGAAUCACAUUAAGACGAACAGUUACCAAAUUAUCCCCAAUUUGAGAUACUUUUAAGAUUCUCAAAUUAACUGCUUCUACUUGGUUACGGCUUGACUGGAAAAAAUCUGUCUUCUACAGUUUCUAAUCUACCACUUUACUUCACAUUCCCAGCAUGUUUGGAGAGGCCAAGACAGAAAUGUUAAGCAAAAGGAAGACUGUGCAGAUAUUUCCUGAAUUAUUUAUAGUCUGCCUGUUAGUUCAUGUUAAACAUACUGGGUUUGUACUGUGGUUUCAUCUGAGCUUAGCUGAUGAUAAUUGAAAAUGCUUUCACCACUCUUUCUGAGCUAUAGAACUGCAUUUAUUCUCCCCUGAAAAUAAAAUUUCAAAUGCA